GCUUUUGCAACUAAAAUAUACUCAAAGUUCCAUAUACCAAACAUAACUAUAAGAAAUAAGAAGUUCAUCAAAGCUAGUUGUCAUCGUCAACACUUCUAUAUAUUGCGAGCCAUCCUACAAAAUAUACCACACCAACCUAAAGCCAUAAACACAGCUUAACAAAGUUCAUCAAAUUAAAGAAAACUCAUGGAUUCAAAAAGCUACGACGAGCUACAUGGAAGCAACAACUGGGAUGGUCUUCUUGACCCCUUAGACCACAGCCUACGCUCUCUCAUCCUCAGCUAUGGUGACCUUUGUUCCGCAGCUGAACGGGCCUUCAAUGACGAUCAGGGUUCCAAGUACUGCGGCUACUGCCACUACGGGAAGAGCUCCUUCUUCAAGGGCCUGAUGCUCCCUUGGGCUGAAUCUAAGUUUAAAGUCACUUCUUUCAUCUAUGCCACCUCAAGCAUCGAGCUUUCUUUGCUCAUUCCUCGCAUGCCUCGUAAAGCUGAUAGUGCCUUCGAUUCAAACUGGAUGGGUUACAUAGCAGUUUCUAACGAUGAGUACAGUAAGUCCAUUGGUCGUCGUGAAAUAUGUGUGGUUUGGCGCGGGACUGUCAGACUUUACGAGUGGAUGGAUGACAUCUUAGGCGCAACCCCUGUACCAGCUGAGCCACUAGUCCCACUCCCACCUGUAACGCUAACUGGUGAUGAAGUUAAGAACAUACCACAAAUCAUGGCUGGGUGGCUUAUUAUUUACAACACGAGUGACCCAAAUUCUGAAUUCCUUAAAACAAGUGCUAGAACACAGCUCUUGGGACGAAUCAAUGAGUUGCUGAUCAAGUACAAGAAUGAAAAAGUAAGCAUAACAUGCACCGGACACAGCCUUGGUGCAUGCCUAGCAACUUUAUCUGCGGUUGACCUUGCUGCCAACGUUGCAACGCCUGGUGUCAAUGUAUCUGCGUUUGUUUUCGAGUCUCCUCAAGUGGGUAACGAGGCUUUCAAAUCAAAGAUGGAGGAAAUGGGUAACCUUAAAGUGCUUAGGGUAAAGAAUGUUCCCGAUAUUAUCCCGUUUUGGCCAAGCAAGCUACUGAAAUGGGUUAACGAGAAGCAUUGGGUGACUGUGCCAAGUGAUUUGUUGGAGUACGUUGAUGUUGGGAUCGAGAUACUGAUUGAUACCAAGAAGUCACCAUACUUGAAGCAGGAAAAUGGGUUGAAUGGAAUGCUACAUCCGAUGGUUUUCCAUAACUUGGAGGGUGUUUUGCAUACUUUGAGUGGUUGGACUGGAAUGAAUGGAGAAUUUGAUUGGAGUUUGGAGAAGAGGGAUUUAGGUUUGGUAAAUAUGUCGACUGAUUAUCUGAAGGAAGAGCUGAAGAUACCAGGGACUUGGUGGGGUGAGAAGAACAAAGGAAUGGUGCUUAAUGAUGAUGGUCAUUGGGUUUUGUCACCAAUAGAUCCGAAUGAUCAAGAUCUACCAGUGUACUAACGAAUUCUAGUCUUUACUCUUUUAAAAUGAAUUUCUUUACUGCAAUUUAAAUAAAUGCUGUACUUGGCAUAUAGCCAUAGAUGGAGGUGCAAGUGUGUGAACUUAAAGAUUGUUAUUUCAAAUUGUUAAAUAAAUGCUUGUUGUGAUUCUAA